GCCAAUCCCUGCCGCCGGGCUCUGGGAUGGUGUGGGGCUAAGGAUAAGAUGUAGUUUCUUUUGAGUUUGCACACCCUAGCCCCAACCCCCCCCUCGCGUAGUUGGACCUCUUCCCUCCUUACAAGUGAAAUUGGGAACUUCUGAGAUCUGCUCAGCACUCAACCAAAUGACGUAGAAGUGCAUCAGGCGGCAACGCAGGCUCCUGGCAGUGUGGGACGCACCGGGGAAAGGCGGACGGUGGUGCCGGCGGCCCCGGGGCGGCCCGGGCGGGCGGAGGCGUGCCCGGCGCUAGGACCCAGCAGGACGCGAGGCGGCUCUUCGGGCCGGAUCACAAAUUCGCUGUGACUCAGUCACUGCUCGGCGUGGAGACAGGGGGAGCAGACAACCAAGAUGGAGUACGAGUGGAAGCCCGACGAGCAGGGUCUCCAGCAGAUCCUGCAGCUGCUCAAGGAGUCCCAGUCCCCGGACACCACCACGCAGAGAGCCGUGCAACAAAAACUAGAACAACUCAAUCAGUAUCCAGAUUUCAACAACUACCUGAUUUUUGUUCUCACGAAGUUGAAGUCUGAAGAUGAGCCAACACGUUCCUUGAGUGGUCUUAUCUUGAAGAAUAACGUAAAAGCACAUUUUCACAACUUUCCAAAUGGGGUAACUGACUUCAUUAAAAGUGAAUGUCUGAACAACAUUGGUGAUUCCUCCCCCUUAAUUAGAGCUACUGUAGGCAUUCUGAUAACAACCAUUGCCUCAAAAGGGGAAUUACAGAAUUGGCCAGAACUCUUGCCAAAGCUUUGCAGCCUGUUGGAUUCUGAAGAUUACAAUACCUGUGAGGGUGCUUUUGGCGCUCUUCAGAAAAUAUGUGAAGAUUCUGCUGAAAUUUUAGAUAGUGAUGUGUUGGAUCGGCCACUCAAUAUCAUGAUACCUAAGUUCUUGCAGUUUUUCAAGCACAGCAGUCCAAAAAUACGGUCUCAUGCUGUGGCUUGCGUCAAUCAAUUUAUCAUCAGCAGAACUCAAGCUCUUAUGUUGCACAUAGAUUCUUUUAUCGAGAAUCUUUUUGCACUGGCUGGUGAUGAGGAGCCUGAAGUACGCAAAAAUGUUUGCCGUGCUCUGGUAAUGUUGCUGGAAGUUCGGAUGGAUCGCCUUCUUCCUCAUAUGAUUAGUAUAGUUGAGUACAUGCUUCAAAGGACCCAGGACCAAGAUGAAAAUGUGGCUUUGGAGGCUUGUGAGUUUUGGCUGACUUUGGCUGAACAGCCAAUUUGUAAAGAUGUAUUAUGUCGGCAUCUUACUAAGCUGAUACCUGUGCUGGUAAAUGGUAUGAAAUAUUCAGAGAUUGAUAUUAUUCUGUUGAAGGGGGAUGUUGAAGAAGAUGAAGCUAUUCCAGACAGUGAGCAGGACAUAAGGCCUCGUUUUCAUCGUUCAAAGACGGUGGCUCAGCAACAUGAAGAGGAUGGUAUUGAAGAUGAUGACGAUGAUGAUGAUGAACUUGAUGAUGAUGAUACUAUUUCUGACUGGAAUUUAAGGAAAUGUUCUGCUGCUGCUUUAGAUGUCCUAGCCAAUGUAUUUCGUGAUGAACUUCUGCCACACAUCUUGCCCCUGUUGAAGGAAUUGCUCUUCCACCCUGAGUGGGUAGUUAAAGAAUCUGGUAUCCUUGUUCUUGGUGCAAUUGCUGAAGGCUGCAUGCAGGGUAUGAUUCCAUAUCUUCCAGAGCUAAUCCCUCACCUUAUUCAGUGCCUCUCUGACAAAAAGGCUCUUGUGCGCUCCAUUACAUGCUGGACUCUUAGUCGCUAUGCACACUGGGUAGUUAGUCAACCCCCAGACACAUACUUGAAGCCAUUAAUGACUGAGUUGCUAAAGCGUAUCUUGGAUAGCAACAAGAGAGUACAAGAAGCUGCCUGCAGUGCCUUUGCUACUCUAGAAGAGGAGGCUUGUACAGAGCUUGUUCCUUAUCUUGCAUAUAUACUUGACACUUUGGUCUUCGCAUUUAGUAAAUACCAGCAUAAAAACCUGCUCAUUCUUUAUGAUGCUAUAGGAACUCUAGCGGAUUCUGUAGGACAUCAUCUAAAUAAACCAGAGUAUAUUCAGAUGCUAAUGCCUCCAUUAAUCCAGAAGUGGAACAUGUUGAAGGAUGAAGAUAAAGAUCUCUUCCCUUUAUUAGAGUGCCUGUCGUCAGUUGCUACUGCCUUGCAAUCUGGCUUUCUUCCAUACUGUGAACCUGUGUACCAGCGUUGUGUAAAUCUGGUGCAGAAGACACUUGCACAAGCCAUGUUACAUAAUGCUCAGCCAGACCAAUACGAGGCUCCAGAUAAAGAUUUCAUGAUUGUGGCUCUUGAUUUACUCAGUGGUUUAGCUGAAGGACUUGGAGGCAACAUUGAACAGCUAGUGGCUCGCAGCAAUAUCCUGACACUAAUGUACCAAUGCAUGCAGGACAAAAUGCCUGAGGUACGGCAGAGUUCUUUUGCAUUGUUGGGGGAUCUGACAAAGGCCUGUUUUCAGCAUGUUAAACCUUGCAUCGCUGAUUUCAUGCCAAUUUUGGGAACCAACCUAAACCCUGAAUUCAUUUCUGUCUGUAACAAUGCCACCUGGGCAAUUGGAGAAAUCUCUAUCCAGAUGGGUAUAGAGAUGCAGCCUUAUAUUCCAAUGGUGUUGCAUCAGCUUGUAGAAAUAAUUAACAGACCCAACACACCAAAGACGUUGUUAGAGAACACAGCAAUAACAAUUGGUCGUCUUGGUUACGUUUGUCCUCAAGAGGUGGCCCCCAUGCUACAGCAGUUUAUAAGACCCUGGUGCACCUCUCUGAGAAACAUAAGAGACAACGAGGAAAAGGAUUCAGCGUUCCGUGGGAUAUGUACCAUGAUUACGGUCAACCCCAGUGGAGUAGUCCAAGACUUUAUAUUUUUUUGUGAUGCUGUUGCAUCAUGGAUUAGUCCAAAAGAUGAUCUUCGAGACAUGUUCUGUAAGAUUCUUCAUGGAUUUAAAAAUCAAGUUGGGGAUGAGAAUUGGAGGCGUUUCUCUGACCAGUUUCCUCUUCCCUUAAAAGAGCGCCUUGCAGCUUACUAUGGAGUUUAACCUCAUGCACUGUAGCUGCAGUCCCAUAAUUAGAGGUCCUUCAGUCUGGGAGACUAUGAGGGAGCCUCUGCACCCAGGGAAAAUGUUACCCUUUACUGGGGGGAAGGGUAAACCAGUAGGGAAUACAGUACAAUCCCAACCCUACUGGGAGGGGCGGGAGGGAGGUGUUGCCGUCACUGUAUUAAGUCGAUGUUGGGAAAUGUUUUAACAUCUGGAGCCUUUGUGGGUGGAAAUCUGUCUCCUAUUACACCUCUGCACUGGAUGUGAAGAAGAAAAAAAAAAGAAUCUAGUCACAAAACAGCACAUUCUGGAAUAUUGUGGGGAUUUGUACCAAAAUAAGUAACCAUAUAAUUGAACCAUAGGGAUACGUAAAGAGGAAAAAUAUUUUGCGCACAAUAAAGGAAACCUAAGAAUGGGGGUCACAAACAGUAAAAGGCUUUCUUUUUUGUUUUCUGUUUUUUUAAGUAAGGGUUUUCUACAUUAUUUCAUCCUGCUUGAGGGGAUUACUAGGUAUUUGCAUGUUAAUGAACUACGCAAACGAAGUUAGUACAGUUAAAAUGCAGCUUGUGUCUGUAUUAGGAACAGGCACUUGCAGUGUACAGCAUAAAAACCCCAUCGUAAAAUAAUAAAGGUUAACUUGGACAAAAUGAAGCAACUGCAAGCUGCCAAAUAAGUCACUCCUUUCAUGUUUUGGGGUAAGGGGAAGGACACUGCAAAGGAAAGAUUGACAUCUUAAUUUUUACAUUAAGGAAAACAACCAAGGUAGUGGAUAUGAUUUAAUUAUUGUACGUUUUUAGCUUUAAUUUCUAGAGUAAGGCAUUAUUCUUAACUUGCAGUUUAAGGUUCAGGCAUGCGUUCUGGCUCAUAGUGAUCAGAAGUAAUUUUAAUUAGUGGGAAAGUAGCAUGCUUGCAUCACAUAGAGUGAAAUUGGUAUACAUUUACCUAUGUUGCGCCAGUUUUGUGUUGCAGUUUACCAAUUCAAUAUAGCCCUGCAUUUAAAAUUCCUUUUUAAAAUUCUGUGGAAUUUAUUUUUAUUAAGAAUAUAGAUAUAAAGUACUGUAGUUAACGUUAAAUUAGGCCUUGAAAUACCUUUUUAGGAUCUGUUAAGAAUAAGAUUGAUAUUGUAUUGUGUGUAACCUGCACAAUGUGGAAAGCUGAUAUAGCUGUGCAAAAUAUUUGCCUCUGUGCUGUCAGUGUGAUGUGCUUUCUGCAUGGUUAUAUCCUAGUGAUUUUAUCAGAAUCUCUAAAAUGAAUUACAUGGUAAGACCCGUUAAAGGCUGCAUAAAUGUUAGUUGGCACGUAAAGACAAUUGUAGAAGUUGAUGACAAGAUUGCUACAUUUGUGUUUAUUCCCACUCAACGUAUUACCUUCUACACUUUCUUUUUGUUCAAAGCAUGAUCUUAAAGAGAUGUUUAAGUUGAUGUAAUGCAGGGUAUCUACACGGUAUCGGCGCAUGUUGGUGGCCCUUUGUGAUAUAGUUAAAUGCACAAGGGUGCAAGUUUAAAGCUAGAGAGUGGAAGUUGGUUUGGAUCCUCUUCAUUUCAUUUGUUUAGCUUUUCUGUUGUGUUUUUUUUUCUCUACUUACAUGUAUUCCUGUGAAUAAAUCCUUGUUAAGUUAACCCUUUA